CCUGAACAGGAAGGGAAGAGCGGUUAGGUGCACACUCAGGGGCCAUAUGCGGCUCGCCGGCCGCGGACUGACGGUCACGGCCUAGAGUGACAGGUGUUCGUGAGGGCUGAAAGGGGUGAAACCAUGUAUUUUUUAAGUGGGUGGCCCAAGAAACUGCUGUGCCCUCUGAAAAGCCUGGAGAAACCCUUUCACAUCCAGUCAGACUCGCAGAGGAUCUAUUUCUCAGUGUUGUCGCAGACCCAGCUCAGUAUUUGGUACAGCAGGCCCAGCGUAUUAAUUGCCAGUUACAAGGAAUCCGCUAAAGCUGCGGCACAGUUUGGAGCUUAUAUACAAUCAGAAUGGAGACCGGACAGCAGCAUGAUCGUAAUUGCAUCUACCAAUGGGUAUAUCUUGUUUUUUGACAUCGUUCCAGCAGGUGAUGACAAGUAUCUCUAUGAGCCAGUAUAUCCUAGAGGGAGUCCUCACAUAAAGUUGUUGCCACAUUACAAAGAAGAACAAUGUGCUCCAGCAUUAAAUUUAGAGACCAAAAAGGUUCUGGAUUUACAAGCAUCCAUCACAAGCAUCCAGUCUAUGAUGGAGCAUCUCCUCGUGGCCACUGAAGAUGGCCUACUACACCUUGUACACUGGGAAGGCAUGACAAAUGGCAGGAAAGCCAUUAACCUCAGUACAAUACCAUUUUCAGUUGACUUUCAGCCAUCUAGAGGUUCAUUCUUGGAUUUUGGUGAUGUGUUUAUCAGAGACAUGGAGUACUGUGUAACACUCGAUGGAUUUGCUGUUGUGUUUAACGAUGGACGCGUUGGUUUCAUCACGCCGCUAUCCAGCCAUCUCACGUCCGAUCAGCAGAUCCAUGGGGUUUGGGCUCCGGAUGUCACCGAUGGCACGUGCGUGGCCGUGAACAGCAAAUACAGGCUGAUGGCGUUUGGUUGUGCCAGUGGCUCUGUUCUCGUGUACACAAUAGAUAACACAACUGGUGCAAUGCAGCUUUCUCAUAAAUUGGAGCUCACCCCAAAACAGUACCCAGAUAUCUGGAACAAAACCGGGGCGGUGAAGUUGAUAAGAUGGUCACCCGAUUGUAGCGUGGUCAUGGUGACUUGGGAGUAUGGAGGCCUGUCCUUAUGGAGUGUUUUUGGGGCACAUCUGAUCUGUACUUUAGGAGGAGAUUUUGCCUACAGAGCUGACGGUACCAAGAAAGAAACUCUUAAAAUCAGCUCUAUGAGCUGGGGUACUGAAGGUUACCACUUGUGGGCGAUCGCAACAGAUUCCUCUCAUGCCGGUGGCCAUGGAACAAAUGACAAAGCCGUACCUCAGCAGGCUGGAAUACUCCAGUUUCAGUUCAUCAAGAGUGCACUCACUGUGAACCCGUGCAUGAGUAACCAAGAACAGGUUCUUCUUCAAGGAGAAGAUCGUUUGUAUUUAAACUGUGGGGAUGCAACUCAGACACAAACUUCAAGGAGCCCUUCAUCACACACUGAACAUAAGCCCCUACGUGAAAGGAGUCCUUUUCCUGGAGGGGCUGCAGAUUCUCAGGGCUUAAGCACUUUACUAGGACACAGACACUGGCAUGUCGUACAGAUACAUAGCACCUACCUGGAGAGUAACUGGCCAAUCAGGUACUCUGCUAUCGACAAGGGUGGCCAGAAUGUUGCAGUUGUUGGAAAAUUUGGCUUUGCACAUUACUCCUUGCUUACCAAGAAAUGGAAGCUUUUUGGAAAUAUUACUCAGGAGCAGAAUAUGAUGGUGACUGGGGGAUUGGCCUGGUGGAAUAACUUCAUUGUACUGGCCUGUUACAAUAUAAGUGAUCAUCAAGAAGAGCUGCGAGUCUACCUACGCACGUCCAACUUGGACAAUGCCUUUGCACAUGUCACCAAAGUUCAACAAGAAACAUUGCUGCUCAGUAUGUUCAGAGAUAUAGUGAUCCUGUUCCGUGCAGACUGCUCGAUCUGCCUAUAUAGUAUUGAAAGACUGAAAGAAGGUCCUAAUCCUACAGCAUGUUUACAAGUCCUACAGGAGGUGUCCAUGUCCCGUUACAUUCCCCACCCAUCACUUGUAGUGUCUGUUACACUGACAUCGGUGAGGACUGAGACUGGCAUCUCCUUAAAAGUGCCACAACAGGCAUGUGAUGCCGAAAGCAUUAUGCUGAAUCUGGCAGGUCAACUGAUAAUGCUGCAGAGAGAUCGAUCAGGACCUCAAAUCCGAGAGAAAGACACAAGGUCCCAUCAACACAAGCUACUACCUUUCUGUGCCCCUGUGGUGUUAGCCCAGUCAGUGGAAAAUGUAUGGAGCACAUGUCGGGCAAACAAACAAAAGCGUCACCUCUUGGAAGCUCUAUGGCUUAGCUGCGGUGGAGCUGGCAUGAAAGUUUGGCUUCCUCUGUUUCCCAGGGAUUACCGUAAACCACAUUCCUUUCUGUCCAAACGCAUCAUGCUGCCUUUUCAUAUCAACAUCUACCCACUUGCAGUCCUUUUCGAAGAUGCUCUAGUUUUAGGUGCCAUCAAUGAAACUGUUGCGUAUGACUGUUUAAACAUUCUCAGUACUUCUCCAUCUGAACCUUUGGAAGUCCAAUUUCCUUUCUGUAUUGUGGAAAGAACCUCCCAGAUCUACCUCCAUCACAUUUUGCGCCAGCUGUUGGUCAGGAACCUAGGAGAACAAGCCCUUCUCCUGGCCCACUCAUGUGCCGCUCUACCUUACUUCCCUCAUGUGCUAGAACUCAUGCUUCAUGAAGUACUGGAAGAAGAAGCUACCUCACGGGAGCCUAUUCCUGACCCCUUGCUUCCAAAUGUGGCAAAGUUCAUCACAGAGUUCCCUCUUUUCCUGCAAACUGUGGUUCAUUGUGCGAGAAAAACGGAGUAUGCUCUGUGGAAUUAUCUUUUUGCUGCUGUUGGUAACCCCAAGGAUUUGUUUGAAGAGUGCCUAAUGGCUCAGGACCUGGACACAGCUGCUUCCUAUCUUAUCAUUCUACAGAAUAUGGAGGCAGCGGCGGUCAGCAGGCAGCAUGCUACCCUUUUGUUUAACACUGCGCUUGAACAGGGAAAAUGGGAUCUUUGCAGACACAUGAUCCGGUUUCUUAAAGCUAUUGGCUCUGGGGAAUCAGAAACACCUCCUUCUACUCCCACGACCCAGGAGCCCAGUACCACUGGUGGUUUUGAGUUCUUUAGGCACCGCAGCAUUAGCUUGUCCCAGUCGCCUGAAAAUCUCCCCACGGGAAAGUUUAACCUCCAAAAAACAAUGAGCAUGCCUACUGGACCUGCUGGCAAAAGGUGGAGUAAGGACAGCGAUUGUGCAGAGAACAUGUACAUUGAUAUGAUGUUGUGGCGCCACGCUCGCCGCCUGCUUGAGGAAAUCCGCCUUAAAGAUCUUGGGUGCUUUUCUGCCCAGCUUGGCUUUGAGCUCAUUGGCUGGCUAUGUAAAGAGCGCACCCGGGCUGCCCGAGUGGAAGAUUUUGUUACAGCAUUAAAAAAGCUUCACGAGGAUUUCCUUUGGCCGUUCCCUGUCCUUCCAGCAUCUUCCUUCUGCUCUCCCUUUAAAAACACCAGGUUUCGGGCAGGGGCUGGAGAGCAAUUCUUGAAGUCCCAGUCUGCUGAUAACUUUCUGAACAUGGACAUGGAGGCUGGGAUUCCCAGUGCCCCUCGAAGUCACAGUUGGCUCGGCAGUAUGAGUACAGCACAGAGAGAUAUGGACUGCAACUCAACCCACAGUCCUCACACCCAAGAUGCGUUUCUAUCCCCUCUAUUAAAUAAAGGUGAUGAAUGCAGUAUUGGCUCAGCAACUGACCUAACAGAAACCAGCUCUAUGUUGGACGGGGACUGGACAAUGGUGGAUGAGAACUUUUCUACCCUGAGCCUGACCCAGUCAGAGCUUGAACACAUCUCCAUGGAGUUGGCCAAUAAAGGACCUCACAAGUCUCAGGUCCAACUAAGAUACCUACUGCAUGUUUUCAUGGAGGCAGGCUGCUUGGAGUGGUGUGUGAUCAUUGGCCUCAUACUGCGGGAAUCCUCUGUUAUUAGUCAGGUGUUAAACUUCAUGCAAUGUCCCGAGGUUGCUGAAGAGAUGUUACAAGGCAUACUGACUGGGCUACAGUCAGUAGAUGCAUGGUCUACAACAGACUGCCCAGGCUACAAGCCGUUCCUGAACAUCAUUAAGCCACAGCUGCAAAAGCUUCCCGAAGUGACAGUAGAGCAGGUGCAGCCUGAAGCGUUUCAGCCUACAGCUUCUUCAAAGGUGGUAGAGCAGUCCAGCCCCAGAGCAGAGGAGAGCCGCAGCUCCAUCAGCCACAGCGCCAGCCCCCAAAGCGACACCUCUAGCUGCAGCGUCAGCAGGCACGAGGAGGACUUGUCAAGACAGGAGCAAGAGGAGGCCUUCCAUGAUGGAGGAUAUGACUGCAUAGUUUCCUAACGCAGGGCUAAGCCUUUAAAACGAGAAAACAA